ACUCUCUGGUGACCCCAACGGUCGCUCAACUAUUGCCUACCCCAGCUCUCAUAAUACCCACCAUUUAAUAAUAAUAAUAAUGUCCAGACAAAGAUGGCAAUAGAGAAUAAUAAAUUUAACUUUCUCCAUUCCAGGGGCUGUGCGAAUCCAAUGCGAGUCACUUGUAAAAAAGUUUUAUUACUAUCCAACUUUUACUAUUUUUUCCCUGGAAUUUCACAGUGUGACAGAUGCCGGAAAUUAAAAAAAAUGUAUAAAAAAUAGUGCCAACACUAUAAACAUUGUGAAAAGAUAGUGAUUUGAUGCAGAACAAAUGGGGGAACGAGUGACUGAAAGGGCCUUUCAGGGCUAUGAAGAAUUUAUAAGGUGGGAUAUCCAGCAAAUUUACUAUCCCCUAUCAUUUUUUUUUUUUUUCUUCAAGGGUGAGAAACCGAGAAAAGGGGAAAAUCCUUGUGGUAUGAGAAAAACCACUGGACAAUGCACUUGUCGUAGGUGAAAUCAGGUAAAUUUAUCAAUGGGAUUCCAUCAUUCUAUUGGAAACUCCGAAUUUGACACUGGCCUUGAUGAAAAAUUUGAUGACCCAGUGAUGGAGUUCACUGAUGACUUGACUUGACAGAGCACCACGUGAUGAUGAGGCCCCAGAUUAAACCCUGGAGCAUUGGUACCGGAUCGAUCCUUGCUGGUAAGGAUAACGAAAACCCUGGGGUAAGGACAAAGUCGAAGAGUGUAGAUGGGGUAUGGGUGACUGGCGACGGCUUUACAUUGACAUCGAUAGACUCCUAGACCCCCCCCGUCAGGGUAUAACGCGUGGAGCCAACACUCGUCCACUUCACCGGUCAGUCGACGCUCAACAGUCAAAUCGUACGGGACACCUGGUGAGCUGGUAACGGACAUCACCCUCCACAGGAGGAUCUACGACGUGGACUACACCUCCUGGUGUUAUGUGCUCCAUCGUCAAAACAUUCGACGUGCGGAGUCCAACGAGGGGAAAAAAAAUUGUAAACAGAGGAGUUGAGAGGCAUUCUUUGUGACUCCGGAUGACCUGGUGGGGGGAUUCUUGGUACUAAAUGGGCUCGUGUUACUUCCCUAUCGUCACCUAGGUGUUCGUGAGAUAAAACAAGAAUUCGUAAUGAUUCGUUGGAUUUUUUUAUUCUCUCUACGCCAAUCCGGGAUUUUCCUGUGGCCGAUAUUUUCGUCGGGCUUUAUUCUCACCGGUGUUAUGUGCUGUUUCAAGCUAUGAGUUGUAUUGCUAUUCAGUACAAAUUAUGCGAAUAAUGUCGUGAUGUAUCUUUGUGUUUAAAGAAUUUUCAAGUCAUUAAAAUUGCAUUUCGAAGAAUCGAGUUUUGUGGUGAGAAUCUCGUUUGGGGAAUGAUCAGAGCCAGCAGUUAACGAUGAUAGACUCCAGUAGUCAACCGAACUCCAGUGGUCUGGCAACUGCCCUUCGAGACCGGUCAAGUUGUUCAAUUCCAAAUCAGCCGAAUCGAUCACUGCCCGUUCGUCCCGCACCCCACAUACCCUGCAGGAGUGUCCUCCCCCGGAGGAGCCUCCAAACACAAUCGGAUCCUGGGCUGGAAGCCUCGCAAUCCAAUCAGUCAGUGACAACAUCCUCUGAUCGAAGUCGUCAGGAUCCAACAGUGGGUCUCAUAAGGAUAGAAGUACCAUCCUGGCAUAGUGAUAUUCGACAGCCCUACAUCAACAUCGUCAACCUCUCAACCCUCCACGGAUCCUCAAACCGGGGGGUCAAGAGGAAGGCACCCGAGUCCGAGGACAACGUCACCACGUCCAAUUGCAGUCUGAUCGAUAUAUCCCAGAGUCCUGAUCGUUCUGACUCCUCUAAGGACUCGCCAUCAUCGGCUCCUGGGGAUUCUCCAAGGAAUCUAGAUGGAGACGGGACGAAGAAGAGGAGAAAGCGAAAGCUGAAAAAGGACGAGGAGAAGGUCGAGGAGAAGAUUGAGAUAAACACGGUCACUCCUUCGAAGAUUGUUCCACCAUUGAGGCUGAAGAAAAUUCAGAGCCUCCAGGAGGACGUCACCAGCUGUGCCCCGACCUGGGGCAAUCUGAAGAAGUCGGAUGAGUCUCAGGUGAUCUCGGGGUUUAGGUUCUACGAGCCGAAACCACCGGAGCCCCAAGCCGUCAAGGAUACGAAUUACAGAAUUGUCACUGGGACGACUCCACCCUAUGACGAGUGCAUAGACUCCAGCACUGUUAAAAUCCGGGAUGGAUCGUCAGAGGACAAGGGAGAGGACACCAGGUGUCGUCAGAGUCAAUUGAAACUGAAGCUGAGAGAUUUGAAGAAGAAGACGAUGGAGCUGGGGAGAGAGAUGCUGAGAACAGCCAUGACUUCCCCUGAUAAUUGCCUCCAGGAGGCACCAGUCGAGGAGCAGAUCAAGAAACUGACGACACUGUUGAAGAAAUUGCCUGAAGCUGCUGCGAGAGCUGACGCCGAUUGCCUGGAGGACAUGUCAUCGGGGCCUAUAGUGACAUCUACGAUUCCAAGUGUACUCCAGGGCUCGACGUCGUCACCAGAGCCACCAAAACUCUCCCCGAAGGUACCACCGGACUACGGGAACUCUGUGGAUGUUCAUCAGGUGAGGGACAGCCCACCAGUCCUACCGAAGGCGACGCAAGUCCAUGGAGAAGACACUGAGGAUACUUGGCAGGAGUUUGAGGGGCUCCGGGGACUUCUCAAAAUCUCCAAGAAGGGGAAGCACGAAAAUUCCGUUGUGGCGUCGUCAGUUAUCACGACUACGAGUGACUCGGGCCAGGAGGAAAUUGAAUUAGAUAAUAAAUCGCAGAUUCUUCAGCUGGAGAUAGACGAGCACCCGAAAUCUGAGAUAAAUGCAGUGAAGCUGAGGGAGCAGGUCAAGGCCAUAAGAAUUAAAUCAUUGAUUGAGGGUUCAGAUGUGGAAGAAGUCAUCAAGAUCGAUCUGAGAAAGACACCUAGUCCUGGAGAAAUGGUCAUCGACACAACGAGUGUUCUCCAGGAGUUCGAGAAUAGGUCUGACACAAUAGAUGUCUCUGUUGGUGACUCCAGGAUCCUGGAGAGGUCCCGGACCGUUGAACCAUCCCAGAUGAAUUCUUUGAGGAUCCAGACACCUGCGCCCAUAAUCUCCUCAUCAGCUGAGGCCCCCAAGCAUCCCAACUCCCUGGUGGAUUGCCUAAACAUGAAUAAUCCCAAAGAUUUAAUGAUCGCUGAUCAUUUUCCUACCCUGGGCAAUUGGCUCGCUAAGAUGUCAUCUAAAAUCCCCAACGAGACUGCAAAAAGUGCAAAAAAAUCCAGUGAAAUCGUCAUCGAGAGCAGAACACCUGCGUAUCAGUCCAAUAUCCAAAUGUACAAUCAGGUGAGUGGAAAAAAUUCUGGGAUUGAUAUUGGUACGAGUGGAAGGGAGAAUGGGAGACAGUGGAGGCACGAGAGAUGGGAGAAUCAGGAGCAGAGGGCUCAACCUCCCCAGGAGUACGUCAAUGGGGCCCUAGCGAUGAACAAUGUUCAGAUCGCCAUGCAGAACCAGCAGAUGACGUCUGACUACUGCCCACCGACGAUGCCCCUGGGCAGAUAUUAUCCCAGGAAUUAUCCAGUUGAUCCUUAUGGCAUUCCAUAUGGCUACAAUCACCCCUCGCUGGCAGCCUCCUUGUGGAAUGGAGCCCUUCUGCAAUAUCCAUUUUUACGUCCUCGAGGUCUUCCUCAGGGUUACCAGCCUCGAUUUUCAGGUGGUGGAAUGCAGUAUAACAUGCCACCAGGGUCUAUACCCCAGCGAGGUCCACCUCCCUCCUACCCACUACCUAGACAACCUCAGGCAUCAGGACCACCCCAGGAGGCAAAAAGAGGCCAGCCAAUGGGUGAACUCUCGAGGAAUACAGUUCCCAGCAGUAGCUACGACCCAACAUCCCUGACCAAACGAACUGAUUAUCCAUCUUCGAUACCCCAGACAACGAGUUAUCCCAACCAGAGAGUCCAGUCACAGCCACAACUCCCCAGAGAUCAAUACACCAAGACCUACAACGAACCAAAUCCUAGGGUCGCCAUCCCAGACGCCCCCAGAGAUCAGCUCAACUACAGGCAGUCCUGGAGAGGACCGAUAAUUCCACCUACAGCUCUUGGCAUGAGAAAUUAUCCCAUCAAUACCAAUUGGACAUCUGAUCCCUGCUCUCUCCUCGCUGCUCUCUCACCAGCUGCACUUCAGAAUUUUUCCAUGCCCAGGGUGAGAUCCAAGGACAACGAAGAUACGAGAAACUGCGAAACACCUCAUCUGGGAAAAGUUAAUUACUCCCCUAAUACAGCCAGGACUCUUGAGUGCUCAAAUUGUGCCUUACCAGGACCUCUCUUCAAGUGUCUUGGGUGUGAAGUUGCUUUUUACUGCGACGAAACUUGCCAGAUCAGACACUGGACCAGACACGUUGUCAGUUGUCCCAAAAAAAUGCCCAAGCUCAAAAAAGUCGUGCCUUAAAUAUUUUCAUUUGUUUCAAGUCCAGAUAAGAAUAAGUGUUAAUUAUUAUGGAUUGUUUUAAUUUUUUAAAAGGGGAAUCGUGAGAUUGGCACAUGAUAGAUGUUUUUUUUUUCAACCUAGGGGGUACUCUCAUUACUAAUUAUGCCAAUUUCGUCCCCUCUAAUUAUGAAUUUAUUUUUGAAAUAUCGUGUACAUGAGUAUAACUUGUGUGUACGUGAAAAAGUGAAAAAAAAAAGUGCCAUUGUCAUUGUUAAGUGUGUCACCAUGAUCAAUCUGCAUUUUUCAAAUGAUUGACGAUAUGAUGCCA